UCCGGCUCUCGAUUCUCCAUUGCCAAACAAACAAGCCCUCCCAAUUUCUGUACAUCAGAUCGAUCGAGCUUGCCAGGGAAUCAAAGCAAGAAUGAGCAGCGUCUCCGUAAGCAUCGGGACGGAGCACGACGACCGCCGGCCGACCACCGCGGCGUCACGGCGCUGCCCCAGCUGCGGCCACGAGCCAGCUGACCGCCACAAGCCGUUCGACAUGGCCGGUUUGCCGGCCGGCGUCAGGUUCGAUCCGACGGACCAGGAGCUGAUCGAGCACCUGGAGUCGAAGGUGAAGGAUGGCGGCUCAGGGGCGCACCCUCUCAUCGACGAGUUCAUACACACCAUUCAUGGAGAAGAAGGCAUUUGCUACACCCAUCCUGAGAACCUCCCAGGUGUGACGAGGGAUGGCCUGAGCAAGCACUUCUUCCACCGGUCAGCCAAGGCCUACACCACCGGCACGAGGAAGCGGAGGAAGGUCCUGGCCGCCGGCGCCGAUCAGCCUGACGCCGCCGACCGACUGCAGGCCAAUAAGAGCAGCAGCAGCGUCGCCGCCGCAGAGACACGGUGGCACAAGACCGGCAAGACGCGGGCGAUCAUGGUGCGAGGCCAGCCCAGGGGGUGCAAGAAGAUCCUGGUGCUCUACACCAACUUCGGCAAGAAGCGCAAGUCGGAGAAGACCAACUGGGUGAUGCACCAGUACCACCUCGGCGAGCUGGAGGACGAGAGAGAAGGCGAGCUCAUCGUCUCCAAGGUCUUCUACCAGACGCAGGCUCGGAGCGCCACCGCAGCAGCAACGUCAGCAGCAGAGCCGGAGGCGCCGGCGGCGAUACGAGAUGGGCUCCAUGGAUGUGUGGCCAGCUCAGGUGCUGCUGCCAUGGAUGUACUGAGACAGCAGCAGAAGCAGCAGGUGCCGAAGCCGAAGCAGGGUGAUGGCCGAUUCGUCUCUGUGCCUACCAGGAAGAGAUUGCAUGAGGACGUUGUAACCCAAGUGAGAGUUGAUCGGGGUGGAGAGCAGCGUGACAGCCAUGGCAGCUUCCAUUUGGACGCAGCUUCAGUGCCCACUUCCUUCUCUACCAGUGACCUGACGAGCUCGGGAUCCACCGUGGCAUCGCCUUUAGUGCAGCACACCCCAGUGGUUCCACGUGUCAUCGACAACCAGUUUCGUUCUCCUGUGAUGCUAUUCCAAGGUGAACAUUUUCAUGAGACGCAGAAUGAUCUUCAGCAAAAACUUGGCCAAAGGUCUGCUCACUUGGAAGAACUGAUAACGGCCUGCCAGAAAGAAAUCACAAAAGGAAAACCUUCAAUUCAUCAACUCCAGAAGGUGGAUUCCCCUCACCAACGCUGGCCUCCUGACAAUCCUGACUACCAAGGUCAACAUGGAUAGCAUCCUACUAGAUCCGCAGUAGAUGAACUUUGCUGGUAAAUGUUUAGUAGUGUUGAAUAUACAGCAGAUUCUUGUUAUAACAUCUUCAGCAGAUUCAGAUAGUGCCUAAUCUGUUUCUUACGCUCUUAGACCCCUUGGGAGUAGUAUUGUUUGUUCUUAUUGGGAAUGACUUUGCUGUGUGUAUGUUUCUUGUUUGUAAUUGUACGGAACUAACAUCAAUAAAAUUAUAUAUUAGA